ACUGUUUGGUUAGUGGUUCAGAACUUGGUCGAAACGCUGGGUUGGCUUACAAGUUCAUCAUAAUGACCAAGAUCAACAACAGUCAAGGCCAACCGGUACCUUAAUGUUCACUGGCUUAUUUCUAGUUUCGCUUUGAUAGCAUAAAGAUGCAAAUAAGUCCUCGGUGUGCAUUGGCCAUUGGCGGCGUUCUAGUGGGCUGCUGCAGUGGCGGAGUCUUUCUGGAGCUGUUGGUAAAACUCGAUCCCGGCAUUGGAAACCUCGUGACCGCGGCGCAGUUUGCAUUUAUAGCCUUGGAGGGGCUCAUCUUUACAUCCCGGCUGGGACAGGCUCAGCGUAACAUCAGCCUGCGGGACUAUGCCCUUCUGGUGGCCAUGUUCUUUCUGACGAGUGUGUGCAAUAACUAUGUGUUCGAGUUCAAAGUGUCCAUGACUCUGCACAUGAUCAUACGUGGAGGCUCCCUCAUAUCCAACAUGUGCUUGGGCACAAUUAUACUCAAGAAAAGGUAUCGGUUGCGCCAGUACAUAUCGGUCGUCAUGAUUAGUGUGGGUAUCUUCAUUUGCACGUACUUCUCCAGCCGGGAUUUGCCUGGCCACAGCAUCGGGCAGAGCGGCGCCACCGAUGCAGACGUAUGGCGGUGGCUUGUGGGCGUGACGCUGCUGGUUCUGGCCCUUUUCGUCUCUUCGUACAUGGGCAUCACCCAGGAGCUGCUCUAUCGGCGGCAUGGAAAAUGUGCCCGCGAAGCCCUCUACUACACCCACCUGUUGCCACUGCCCGCCUUCCUUUUAAUGCACGACAACAUACGGACCCACUGGCGGCUGGCCUGCGAGGGUGAGACGUACACACUGCCUCUGCUGGGCGUGGCGGUGCCACUGAUUCUGCUCUAUCUGCUGGGCAACGUUCUCACGCAGCACCUGUGCAUUAGUUCUGUGUAUGCUUUGACCACCGAGUGCAGCUCCCUCACCGUAACACUGAUCAUAACCCUGCGCAAGUUCAUUUCCCUGGUAUUUUCGAUCGUUUACUUCCGCAACCCCUUUACGAUCUACCACUGGCUGGGCUCCGUGAUGGUCUUUGUGGGUACCCUUAUGUUUGCCGAUGUCCCAAGGCUGCCAGGAAGCCGGAGGGCUGAACCUUUGAAACGCGACUGAUGAGUGACGACUGAUCUGGUUGAGA